AUGACGUCCGUGCAGCAGCCAAAGCCAGAGUAUCCUGGCAAACUGCUUCAGGCAGCAGCAAUCGCGAAACCAUUUCAGCAGAGUAUCGAAGAGGAAAUUGGAGUUCGUAAAGAAAAGCAUCUUCCUGUUCCAAAGCUUGUAGGAAUUCUGGCCAAACCAAGUCCUCCUUCCAUCGCGUAUGCAGAAUGGACAGCCAAAGCCUGCCAGGCUGUGGGCAUCAAUUUUGAGAUUUGGAAAACAUGGGAUGAUUCGACUGUCGUGAAUGAGGCAGAAAAAAAUGAAGCUGAGAGCCUCCAGAACUUCGACUUGGAAGCGGACGUUGAGGAUCUAAUUCUAGCAGCCAACCGUGACAAGAGUGUAGAUGGCAUCAUGGUGUACUACCCAAUCUUUGGAGGUCGACAAGACACAUAUCUGCAGCAAAUUGUGGAUCCGCGUAAAGAUGUAGAAGGCCUGCAUUUCUUCUACUGCUGGAAUAUGUAUCACAACGUUCGCUGGAUCAAGCCGUCACAGCUGGGUUGUGCUCCUGGUACAACGAAUGAAGCCGAACUUGUGGGGCUUGACUCUAACGUUGUAGAUGAAGAGAAUGUACCCGAAGGAUUCUGCAAAAGCAUUCUUCCAUGCACGCCACUAGCAGUGGUCAAGUGCCUCGAGUCAGUGGGUGUCUAUGACAGCAAGCUUCCGUACGGCGACCGGCUUCAUGGGAAGACAAUUACAGUCAUCAACCGAUCUGAGGUAGUGGGACGUCCUCUUGCUGCGCUCCUUUCAAACGAUGGUGCACGUGUUUUCUCUGUCGACAUUGACUCAAUUGUCGAAUUUACCAAACGUAAGGACAAUGAGGAGCAAAAUGCCCCAACAUCGGGUUACAAGAAAUCAUCUAAAGUAAUUCAAGCGCACAACGACAAUUCCUCUGCAAGGCUUCGACCCUCCCACAUUGUCCAAGCCUGUCCUUACAAAGAUUCUGAGAGUUGUGUACGUGCCUCUGACGUGGUUAUUGGUGGUGUACCCUCAGCCAGCUUCAAGGUCCCUACUGCAUGGAUCAAACAAGAUGCUAUUUGCAUAAAUUUCAGUUCUGAAAAGAACUUCGAGAGUGACGUUCGCAGUCGGGCCUCGGCAUACUUACCGGCCAUUGGCAAGAUCACUGUUUCUAUGCUACAGCGUAAUCUUCUACGUCUGGUCGAUUACAAAGAACUAGCACAGCGGUCAUAG